AUGACCUCCUCCCUAAAGCUAUCUGCCUUUGGAGAUGGCUCCUUCAGCAAUCCCACUCUGUUUCGGUCAAUAGUUGGUGGUCUGCAGUAUGCUACGAUUACAAGACCUGAGAUCUCCUUUUCAGUAAAUAAAGUAGCCCAGUUCCUUCACAACCCUCUUGAGUCCCACUGGAAAGCUGUAAAACGAAUCCUCAGGUACCUAGCAGGCACCACAGAAUAUGGCCUCAGGUUCAGCAAGUUCACAAACUUCAGGAUCUAUGGCUUUUGCGACUCUGAUUGGGCCAGUGAUGUUGAUGAUCGCAAGUCAACAAAUGGGUAUGGCAUUUACCUUGGCUCAAACUUGGUCUCAUGGGCUAGCAGAAAGCAAACUGCAGUGUCCAAAAGCAGCACUGAAGCUGAAUUUCGAGGAAUUGCAGAUGCUGUGACCGAAAUCAUUUGGCUUCAAAACCUUCUCAGUGAAAUGAGAAUCGCAUGCUCGACAAAACCUGUGGUAUACUGCGACAAUCAAAGUGCAGUCAUGCUCUCUGCCAACCCAAUUAUACACAACAAGUCCAAGCACUUUGCUCUCAAUCAGUCCUUUGUUCGAGAUUAUGUAACCAGAAAAAAAAUAUUUGUGCAACACAUCCCAGCUCAAGAUCAACUAGCAGACACCCUAACCAAACCUCUCUCAACUACAACCUUUGACAGAUUCAGAAAGCUGCUAAGAGUUUUCAAUACAGAGUCAUCAUAG